GAACAAUUUGUGGGAAAAUAGGUAUUUUAAUGAUUGCUGUAGAAUGCCUUUUUUGGUGGCAUACUAUUUUUAAUGCGAAUCAUGAUGUAGCUGCGUUUUUCCCUUGAAAAACAACAGGAAAUGGUCGGCGUGCCUAUGCAUUUUCCUCGAGCCGUGUCCUGGAAUGAACUGCAGCAAGCCGUGGGGCUGUGCUGGAAAAAGCGCGCACCCGCAGAAAUGUAUAUGCGCUCACCCCCCCUGCCUCGUUUCGCAGUACGAUGGCACCCACGUGCCGUCAUGCUUUUUGGUUUGCAGGGUUGUUGUUUGUAUUUCAUUUAUAGUACGAUAAGCAACACAAAGCGCGACCGCAUUAAAACAGUAUGUGCUUCACCGAUCGCGUAUUAUUUCAACGUUCAAAACCAAAACGAGUACGCUCUGUGACUCCCCGGAUUUCUCACCACGCAGGACUGCGGUGAAGCAGCAGAACAGCAUGAAGACACCGCCCACAGCUAAAGGUCUAAACUCAUUCAGCGAGGCGAACUGGGGACAGACAAGUUACUUAUUAAUCGUUUUUGCCAUUUCACUGUUCAGCAAUUAUAGAAUUGUGUUCAGACAUAAGCACAUUCCAGCAUUUUCUGGUUAAAAUAUGAAAUGCUAUGCAAUUGCAUGAUGUAGAUGACAUUGAUUUCACGGGAGAGGGUACAUGUGCGUGCGUAACACCGGGAGUGCGAUACUCUCUGGCAAAGACGAGUGGCGCACUACGCACUGCGGUUAGACCUGUUUUUCAUCCCUCGUCAUUUUGUGUAGAAUAUGAGUAAGUUUAAAGAAACUGGGCACGGGAAGCGAGAAACCGCUUUCCCAAAGCACAGAGAUGCACAUAACGCUGCCAUGGAAACCUCACCCUGGACUCGGUGUUCCCACAUUGUCUAAUUAUCAGUGUGUGUUCAGUCAGCAUGGCAAUGUCCAGGUGUUUAGAGUUUGAGUCUCUCUUUGGAGAGGAUUCAUCCGGACAGGAAAGAAGCAUCCUUUUGAAGACUGGGGAAAGAGCGUGACACAAGUAUCGUCCGCAGUCUUUCGCAAUUACGUUUCAGAUUUACCGGAAGUGCUGCUGAAUGGAAGUUGAACUGGGAAAAUGUAAUUAUUUGUAUUUUUCUGAUGUAUCUAAACCUGUGACUGUGUCCAGGCACGUACCUGUACAGUGUCAGCAAAUUUCUCAAUAGUGACGGGAUAAUAUCAGCAAUAAUACUUUAAUAAGGCAUCUACUUUGUGUUUUACAUAAUGGGUUACCUACUAUAAGUUACUGAACCCAUAGGGUAAUUUGUCCUUAACAUUUAACCCUAUCCUACACUUAGGAGCAGUGGCCAGCCACGGUGCAGUGCCCGGGACCAACUCCAGUUCUGAGGCCAGUGCCAUGAUCAAGGGCAGGAGUAAUAAUUCAUAUAAUUUGUUAUUUCGUUGAUUUUAUCCAAAGCGACUUACAGUUGAUUAGACUAAGCAGGGGACAAUCCCUCCAAGAGUAAUUAUUGCUCAAGGAUCAGCCCAACAGCUGUGCAGAUCUCAUGAUGGCUUUACCGGGGCUUGAACCACCAAGCUUCCGGGUCCCAGUCAUGCUUGUCUUUCAGCGUGAGCAGAAAACAGAGAACCCAGGGCAAACCCAUCCGAACAUGGGGAGCACAUGCAAACUCCACGCAGAGAGGAUCGGGCCAGCCAGGAUUCAAACUCAGAACUGCCAACUGUGCUAAUGCAUAGUGCAUAGAGGUGCCACCGUGCAACUUGUUAAUGCAUUAUCACAUGGAAUAUAUUUGGGCCAUAUGUUGCAUUUAAAUAAAGAAUCUGCCUGCCAGGAAGAGGUUGAUGAAGAGCCUGCUCCAUUGACUAGUGUAACUGAGCUCAGGUCAGGAUCACUCCGUCAGGAUUGUUCUCCGGUAUAUAAUAGGAAAGCCUGGAUAUUCAACAGGGGCUCUACAGACCUGUGGGGGUCUGUGAAUGUACAGUGGUGGGUGUCCCUCGUCAGACUUCAUGUGCAAGCACUAUACGUAAACUUGGGGAAAUAUUCCAAAAUAUAAAACGUUUUUUGUGAUCCCCAAUUUAUACAGCACCUACCGUCCCCGUUGAAACUGACUGCCUUUGUCCUGUGUUUGUUUUGCCAGAUAAAGCAGAUAACACGAUAAAUCCGUUUUCAUUUGGCACACUUUUAUGCUGUUAACCUUGUUUAGCCACUCUGACAUUGUUAGUCGGCUCGCUGAAACAAGUUUCUAGGAAGUCUUUGGAAAUAUAUCAAAUUGAGCGAGCGCAUAAACAUGUACCAGGAUUCGCACAAGUAGGACAAAUUGUAACGUUUCUUCUAAAAAAAAACACGUGUAGCAUACCUAGUAAACAACAUCUUGUACUAGUUCCUGGUUUCUCUAUUGGUGACGCCCAAUUUUUAGUCCUCUACAAGCUAUUGGGUCUCAGCACUGUCAAUAUAAUUGGUAUGCGACGAGUGUAUACAUAAGGCGCGUCACUGUUACUUUUAGCCAAUUGGAAGCCGUCUUUAUUAUGACACCCUGGGAUUCCGCGAAAUUGUUACUCAGAGAAGAGGACACUAAAAAGCUGUGGAGGAAGACGGUUUGACGCAUGUGGGAUCUGGUCAAGAGUGGUUAGAAAGGCAUGUGUUGUGCUGUUUGAAGACUCCCUGGAUUAUAUUUCUUCUGAAUUCUACAAGCAGAAAAAAAGAGAGUGGUUUUCUAUAUUUUAACCAGUCGUAUUUGGAUACAUUAUAUUCUUUUCUUAUUUUAACCUGUAAUAUUUCUAAAGUCACGUUGAGGACGACACGUGUGCGGUGGACAAAACCACAUGUUUGGGGAAAGAUUUUUUUCGAAUUCGAUUAUUUUUUAGUGUGUUUUGCCUUCAUUAACGUCUGGUCUUUCAAAAGGAAUAAUGUCAUCCAGUUUUUCAAAGGGCUCUUGCUAAAUUUCGCUCGUAUCGUACCACUCUGGUUCACAUUGAUCGCUUUCUGAUCCAGUGGGACUAGCUAUGUCGGAUGUUGACUUUGCAGCAGAAUGUUUAGUCUCGAUUUCUAACCAGGCGGCGAGGGACCGCUGUCCUGAAAUGAUCCCGGCGGAAGAAGUGUCGAAGGAUAGUCAAGAGAACAGGACGUUGCUCAUGGUCGCAAUGAUUCUGCUCGACCUGAACAAAUGUAGCCCAGCCAACCGCAGCGGCAACGGAACGAAAUGUUUGGGUGAGAGCGACGCGGAUAAGCAGCAGGGUGACCGUGGGAGCCGGGUGGGUGGGGAGCCGGGGGAUUUGGGACAGAGAAAACCGAGCGGGGUGGUGACCGCACGGGCGUGCGAAAGGAAAACUGGGAGACAGCGCGCGCCCCCCGAAAAGAGACACUGGUGUCCCUUUUCCGGCUGUGGGAAAGUGUACGGAAAAUCGUCUCAUCUCAAAGCGCAUUUCAGAGUGCACACCGGUGAAAGGCCCUUUCAGUGCAGCUGGCCUGACUGCGCCAAGAAGUUCUCUCGCUCGGACGAGCUGACGCGGCACUACCGUACGCACACGGGCGAGAAGCGCUUCACCUGCCCGCUCUGCGAUAAGUGCUUCAUGCGCAGCGACCACCUGACCAAGCACGCCCGUCGCCAUGCCAACUUCCACCCCAGCAUGCUCCAGGGGAUGUCCGGCUGGAGGAAGCGCUCCUCAUCCUCCCUGUCCUCUUCCUCUGAGUCCGGGGACCAGACGUCCGCCAGCAUGUGAGGUCAAGUGGACCCCUGCCAGCUACUCCCCAAAACCCUUAAUUACCCCCCUACUUCCCCCCCGAUGAGCAGUGUCAUGCCCUCUCACUCACCCUGUGACUUCUUCAUGGCUGACCCCCCCCCAGCCACAACUAUUAUGUACACAGUGAACUCUGUAAAAUGUUUAAAAAUAGUUGGAUGGCACUGAUCCAGUUGUAUUUGUCAGCUUCGAUUGGAGACUGGUAAAUGCUCACUGCUUUUUCCCUUCCCAUUCAGGCCCACGCAGGAAUAAUCCGGUAUUUAUGGGGGGGGAUUGCACAAAGUUGAAUUUUUCCGCAACAAAUCUUAUAAAAACAUCCUCCAGAACACACCCCCAGUCAAACGGUAAAACGGCGAAGAUGAAUGUAUUCAGUAUGUAAAUAGAAAUGUAUAGGAACUGAUUUCAUAAAGUAAAAUCUCUUUUUUGGUAUAAAAUGUGGUGCAGACGGCAUUCAGGGUCUUUUGAGGAUUCAGCACAGGUAGUUUUGCGGACUUUGAGAGGGAGGCAAAUGUAGGAUCCUGUUUGCACAAUUAUGUAUGCCACUUUUCUUAAGCAAAAAAAAAAAAAAAAAUUCUGUAUAAAGCAUUAAAAAUGUGAUGUGACUGCUUGAGCCUGAUUAAGUCUUAGUGUCAAAUUAUAUCACAAAUAUUGCAAAACUAAUUUAAAUAUUUUGUAAAUCUUUUCUAACAAUCGGGUUAACUUAUUUGUUUUUAUCUUUAUUUUUACUCAAGAACACACUGAAGGGCAAGAUGCACUCCACUGUACAUGUGUCAAAUGUUCUGGGCUUGUGUAUGCUGCCUUUUUUUACCUGAAAGUUGUGCGUUUGGUGUUAGAUGGUAAUUAAGAAUGUGUGUUCCUGCUUAAACUUCAAUGCUUUUAACCACUACUUAAACUGUACUGAAGAUACAAUGAACAGGUUGACCAAAAUGAUACCGCAUGGAGACUUGCAGCAGCGAGAGACAUCACGGCCAUGAUGAGACACGAUGAGAGGUGCAAACACAGGACAAAGAGGGACAGAGUGACAACUUCCUUGCAUCUCUGUGCUUCCUAAGAUGAUCAAAAGGAACAGGUCGUUUGUUAUUAAUGUUUAACGGAAGCGUGAGUGUGCGCACGUGCAAGCCUCAGACACGUGACUGCUCGCUGCCGAAGGAGAGGCCUCCUGCUGUUCUUAAUCCACCGGGGAACACUGAUAACGGCCGGUGUUAUAACACGGAAAGUUGCUUUUUUUUAUUCCUUUGUCUCCGCCGGAGAAAAGAUGAAGAUAGACCAAGAACGUUUUGAAGCGACAAUUACCAUCCACCGUUUCCCCAGCCAGGUGUCUCUGCCGUAACUAGCCGCAGAUUUCAGCAGAAUUUAAGAGGCGAAUCGCGAAUGUCGUCCCCCGUGACCUCAUUUCGUGUCUAUGGGGUACUGCAUGAUUAUGGCUCACACUCUAGCUUUGCUUCUCGAACUCUCAGAGCAUAUACGGUCUCACCCUUCCCCUGGAUAUCUCAUCUGCCUGAAAAGCCAGUCGGACAUGAUUAACUGCGGUUUCUGUGUCUGUUUUUUUUUUAAGGGACGAUGAAAGAGCUACAGUUCAUGUGACACUUUAGAUUUUUUUUUCUGCGUGGUAACACUAGGAUCAAUAGCUGUAAUAAUGUUCCCCGAGGUUAAGGUUAAGUUUCAUUUGGGGCAAGGUCUUUUAAAUCAGAUUUUCUUACUGUACUGAAGUGUGUAGAAACCCAAAUUGGUAAGGGUACAUAUUCCAUUAUGAUGAUGAUGAUUAUUAUUCACGUUUACCUACGAACAAUAACAUGAAUCUACCUCUGCAAGCUAAUGGACAUUUGUGUAAUUAAAGAAGUGGUUUCACCACUAAUGCCCCCUAUGAGCCAAAUGAAUGUUAUUUCAUCAGAAUGAAUGUAUUUUAACGUCAAAAUGUCCUGAUGUAGGAUAUAUGGAGUCAGGGGAGAUUAAAUUACAUUCACUCAGCGGGUUUGGACAAAGGCCUGCGAAUGGGGAUAGGUUCCUAUGACAGUAUUUGGGAAUAAUAAUAAUGAUAAACAACUGCAUGUAUAUCAUUUUUUAAAUGCAUUUCGGUCAUCUGGAAACACUUCUCAGUGGGAUGGCGACUCAUCUCAGCUACCACCAUUUUGUAGCAGUCACCUGGGUUGUGCACGGAAGCCAUUUUGUUCUGUAAUGCUGACCACGUAUCACUUGAGGUUCAAUAUUGUUCACCACUGUAUGUUCUAGUUUGGAUGGAACAAAAACCUGAAAGGGCUGAAGCUCCAGGUCCAGGCUGGCACCCUCUGGGCUAAAAUAUCACCCGUCUCUCCCACCUUCCCUUCCUUACUAGCCAGAGCUCACCAAGCUGAUAUUGCCAAUCGGUUCAGACGGCGUUAAUGACCUCACCAGAACCAAUACGCUCACCGAUAUUGUGGGAAAUUACUCUUUUUCAAGGACAAAUGUUUAAUUUGAAUGUUGGUGAUGAACAGGUGGAGCAGAUUAUACUUUUUUGCCAAUUUAGCAGACUGCACUCUCAAUUAUAAAAUGGUUUUCUUUAUUAAAAUGUGAUUUUUGUGUAGCCAGGACAGCCAGAAUGAAUGUGUUUUUCUGUUACUCUGCAACAGGUACACCCUAAAUAAUUGCCAUGUUCUGUAUUUAGUCCCGUUGGACAAAUACACUUUUCGUGCAAUGCCUUUCAAUGUAUCCAAAAAGAUCCUCUUGUCUUUGUUUUGUUUUGUUGGUUUUUAUGAUCAAUAUAUUUUCCAUUUGUAUAACAUAAGGGAAUAUACAUAACUGUUUGACUGGUUUCAACGGGCGUUUUAUCCAAUGAUUUUAAACAUUAAAAGCCACAGCCUUUGUACAUA